UUUCCUGCGGCGAGAAGUCAAAAUUUGUUUUCAAACUCGAUCAGUGACACAUCACAACAUGCAUUCAUGUAAGUAAAAAUACAACUAGUAGGUAUAAUUUCUUUCCCAUAAUGACAUCAAACACUCAAGGCUGCAGAUAUUGCUUUUAUCAGUCAUAGGGCUUUUUAACAUAAAACUGAUCUAUCUAUGACAUCUAUAGCAUGUUUCAAUCUGAUAGGGUAAUUUUGUUUAAUUUUCCAAGAAUCAGCAAAGAGUUUAUACUAGAGUUUUAACUUUCGGUUUGAACUCUGAGCGCCAGCAUAAAACUGAAUAAUAUAAUGUCGAAAAAAAUCGGCUGACUUAUAUCACAUUGGCUUUCUCCUUUUUAUAAUUCCAUGCGUUGGACCGAUUUCUCCGACAGAUCUUUAAAAUCCGGCGAAACAGGUACGUCAAAUCCUUGUUUUUGUUCAAAUAUAAUUGAAAUUUAACAGCUUUAGUUACUUGAAAGGAACAGACAAAUCGCAAUUGGAUGUUAAUUUGGUAUUACAACUGAACUUAAUAAAGCCACAUAUUGUUACAUAAAAUUUUGCGUGAUAUUUGAAAAGAAAGCCAGAAAAAUUUUUUAAUGAAAAUAUAUGAAACUGGAAUUUUUUAUUCAAACUCUCUCCAAGUGACCACCUUUGGUGCACAUGACAAAGUGGUCGCUUACCGGAGGGGUUCGCUUACGAGAAGAGUUCGCUAUGAGCCGGAGUUGUAUUUUUUCCCAACGAUCAUAAUAAUCAAAUGCUACAAAUAGGCUCUGGAUGAGUACAGUUGACUCCCGAUAACUCGAACCCUCGCUUACUCGAACCUCCCGCUAACUCGGACCAAAAUCGAUUUUCCCUGGAUUUCCUUCAUACAUUUAAUGUAAUUUUGCCCUCGGUAACACGAACCUCCCGCUAACUCGAAAUAAUUUUUUGUUUCCCCUCAGAUCAUUUCUAUAUAAAUUUACCCUCGAUAACUCGAACCAUGUUUUGAGCGCUUAAAAAAGUCAGAAAAAAAAAGGUACCUUCGUCCGAAACGUUGAGUUUGAAUUUCCCUUUCAGUGUUGUAGGCAUAUAGUUUACUAGUGGAAGCUGAUGUUGUUUGUCACAAAUCUAACAUGAAACAGCUUUUAAUACUAUUCAGAACAGUAAAACGCAUGCUCUAUUUAGGCUAUGGUUUUUACGUUAGAUUCUGACUGAUUUAUAAUCUAGAAGUAUCUUUCAAUUUCACUUAACGUUUCUACAAUUAAAUGUGGUUAAAAUGUUCACUGUACAGUAAAAACUGGUUUUUCCCUUAUUCCCUUAUUCCCUUAUUUCUUGCUUUGAGCGCCUGAUAACUCGAACUUUUUUCGAUUUUCCUUGAAGGUUCGAGUUAUCGGAAGUCGACUGUACAGCUGUAUACCAACACAACAUAAUAAUUGUUGCCAUGAUCAGGAUAAUAUACAUUUCCCAGCAAGAAAUCCGCACUUAGUUGCAUAAACUAGCACCAGAGCAAGAGGCAGGGGCACCCAACGUCAAUUUUCGGAAAAUAUCUGUUCGGAAGACGAUUUGAGAUCUAGAAUAUUCGGAACAUUUUUGUAAAAUUUCUUGCUUUCCUACCUCUCCUAGGAUUUCCUAACAUCUAAAAAAUUGUAUAAUGCCCCAUUUUUAGGGGAUUUUUACCCUAAAAAGGUCACCUAGGAUUUUCGGGAGCCUUUUUUCUGGCUGAAAGUUUCGAAAUGGUAAGUUUUGAUCCCUAUAAUUUUCGGAUCACUAGACUUUCAGCUAGAAAAUCCGAACAGAUAAAAAAUUUUUAGGGGAUAAAAAUAUACCUAUAUAUCUCCUAUCCCCUGAAGAGGGGACAGUUGAGUUAUAAGCUAUUUGGGUCUUAGAUUACUUCACAUAUGAUGGAACGAUGGCAUAAGUUAAUUCGUUAGUUAAAGGUUUUACUAUUUCAUCUUUUGUUUGUUACCAGACACGCUUUGUCUAUGUUUUUUGCCCUUUUCCUGCCGUUGAUUUGUUAAAAAUACCAAUGAAAUUAUCGUUAUAAAUCAUAAAACAUUCAGUGUCGACAAGUGCCAUAAUAUUAUGACCUCUUGGUGUCGAUCGUUCAAGAUAUUGAGAAAAAUACAAGGCCAAAGCAAACAGUGUUUAAAAAUGAUGUAUUUCUGGUAAACCGGUUCUUUGAAGGUUUUUUUCUUCGAGUCUUUUUUUUACACACACUACUUAAUCGAAAAUACGAUUAACACGAAAGCGAAAGCCUGGGCACACUGUAAAUUCAAAUUGUUCCCUUCAGAUAUUUUUCUCGUCUUAUACCGGGGAUUCGUUUUUAUACACGAGGUUCCUCUGUUUAUACUUUAUUUUGCUCCUGAAAGAUAAGAUCGUGAAUUCAACCAGUGCUAAAACAAGUUUAUUUCAUAUACAGUUAUUUCUAGACUAGAAAGGGAAAAACCAGUUUGGUAUAUAGCAAGAGUUUCUUCAAUUGAAUGAGGGCGUUUAACGACGGUUCUUGACUUAAAACCUAGUUUAGUUUAUUUCUCCGGCCUAGCUGUGCAAUUCGCUGAAGUCCUUUAUCUUCUUGACUAUCAUUUAGUGAUAUAAAAUGGAAGAGAUCGCCUUGGAAACAAGACUGCCAAACAGGCACCCCUUUAUUCAAUGUAUUAUGAAGUGCUCUCAAACAAAGGAAAAAACUAAUCGUGAUAUUAAGUAACAACAAUUAAACAAAACAAUGGAAUAUACUUUGAAAGUCAAAUAAGUUUGCUUGGGUUGACAACAAGAUUGAGUCAUAAGCCAUAAAGCAAAUGAAUUAACCCUUUCGUUCUUACAGGUAAGAAGAGUUUUAUAUUAAGCCAUGUACAAAUAUGCACAGAAAUAUGCACAGUAAAUGCAUAGUUCAGUUGAUUUAAAAAUAUGCCAUUAUUGGUAGCGUAAUUUUACACAUUACUUAGUGUAAUAACCGUUUUACUUGACCGAGCAACACUGAACUAUAAUCAUAAACUUUUACCCGUCAAGAACCAACUCGUGUCGACGAGCUCACUUGUUCUCAAAAUGCGCUUUGGUAGAAUAAACAAACAAAAACAAUUACAAAUAUAUCAAGUGUUCUCUUUGUGGGAUGUCUAGACAAAGGCCAAUAUAUUGUUAAAUCGAUUUUUUAAAGUUCAAGCCAGAGCAGAAUAGCAGAGUUUCAUUUCAAGUCACUAAUUGAAUCACGCUGAUGAGUGCGCAACAGGAGAAAACUUAGUCUGUUUAGCGUUUAUUCUGAGCAAUCUUCAACCGUUUUCUUUCGUUAAAACUUCAGAAACUUAAAAAAAACUGCUUUUAUAAAAAGGAAUAACUGCUGGAUAGUUCGCCAUAUUAGCAUCUUGAAACAUGGUUGAACAGUCAAGAAUUGAUGACGCCGACGCCUUCUUCCAUUUGGCUCGUACUUUGACCCGCACUUGCAACUGGUUACAUGCACUUUACACCAGCAUACAGUUCCACAGGAAAUAACUGCUCAGUAGAUUUUAUUUGUAUCGUCACAGUGACAGACUCAGUGAAACGUUAGAACUCUGUACGAGGUGGUUCUAAACUGUACCACGGGAGAAUAUUGUUGAAUCUACUUUACCAACCAUGACAAACGCGGUGAUAUAGUUUUGCGCCUUUAAAAAACAAAAAUUUAAUGAUGUCUCUACAUUUUUUAUCUUUCCCGUUAAUGCCUUGCUCGGUUUAAGGCAGAUAAGGUUUGAAUACAGUCCUUCUAGCGGUGACUCUCGGGAACGAAAUAGCCAUUAGGUGACCGCUUAAUAGAGGUGUUCAUUUACCGAGAGUUUAAUCAGUAAGGAUAUCACAAAGAACGAAUCUAAUAAUUGUAUUAUUUUACAUUGUUAUGACAAUGAUAAAAAAAAAAAAACGUAAAGACAAGUACACCGUCGCACGGAACACACUUUGUUGAUCCUAGUAUCAUGCAUUGCGCUGGCAACAUGCCGAUCAGUCAGCUAACAUAUCCGGUAGGCUGCGCUAAUUUCCAAAAUUAAUUGCAGGCUCUUUGCAAAUACAGGUUUUGAGUACAGUGUGAAAUAAUUCAAACUAGUUUUUUUUCCUGUCCUUAUUUAUGAGCCAGGAUUCAACUACUGGAUUGCCGGUAAUUGUGUUACCCCUAUAAAUUAAGUCUUUUAAAAAUUCACAAAAGCCUCUCGCUGUUUAUUGCAUGUAAUAAACUUAUACUAAAUCAGGAACUACUUGUGUAGAAGUUACAGCUACGCAAAUAAGUUUCUUUUGGAGUCAAAGAUUAUUUUGCUGAAAGAUUUGUUCUCAUUUUCCUUAUUCAGAUAGCAAAUUUCCGAGGCUUUGCUAGAACAACAUGAGUCGUCGAAGGCGUCUAAAGGAGGACAUAGGACUUGCACCAUUGUCUAAGAUGUGUGAAAACUGCCCCAGAUACUUGUACAGCUUCGAGACAGUAAGAGAAACCUGGAUUCGCGAUUGUCAGAAUAAGGGCAGACAGUACCAUGAGCGAAUCAAAUACUACUUCAAAUUCUCUCUCAACCGUCAUUUGAAAGACAUCAUUUUUGUGAUAGCCUAUGGUGUAGACCAUUGUGCCAGAAUCUUUCUUGAUUUUAAGGCUCAUUGCUUUUUGAAGGAAAAAGUGGAGAAGGCCACUGAGCUAGCAGACCAACUGUCAGAGGUUUCUCCAAUUAUGGUAUCGAGGAAAACCCCUCAAAUCAUGAGAAUUUUCACAUCUUUAAAGGAAUUCACCCUUUUCGCUGAACAACUUCGCAGUAAAAAUCGUGCCAUUUUUCGACAAAGGCAUGUCAAUGGAGUGUACGUGUUGGAGAGGAUCAGUGACGUUAUGUCAUUAAAACAACCGUCAUUUUUAGCUUUUAGCGCGAAUAUCUCUGAGUAUGACCCAAACCAAAUACGGCAAAUUGGAUGUGUGGUUUUCUCACUUGAAAGUCAGGACUGUGAAGAAUCAUAUCACUAUUGUCACCGUUCAAAGGCAGAUUUACAUGUGGUAAAUAAUAACAAUCUACAACAAACUCAAGAUGAAUGUACUUCCUCAAACGAAAGCACAAAAGUUUUGAUCCUCAAAGACUUUUUGUUAAAGUUGCAAAAGGAUAUUUCAAGAGUAGAUUUUCUGGUUACACAUUCAAUGUCUUCAAAGGGUGUGCAAGAUUUCCUUAGAAAGCAAGGAGUGGACGCCGAGGUCAAGGAGACAAUUGACACUCUAUCAAUUCAUUCUGCUCUGUUUUAUGAGUCUAGAAAAGAAAACAGUAUGGAAGAGAUUCUCAAACAACUGGAAAUCCCUUUCGAAAGUUGCCAACUUCAGAACGCGGCAUACAACGCUGUUUACAUUGCGAAGAUGUUGCGAGCUCUUUUGAGUCAGGAAUUUUCUAUAUGUCUUAGCGUAUAA